UACAAGUUGUAGGCAGCCCACUGCACGAGGCUACCUUCAGUUCGGAUUUGGUAUUCACGUAGUAACUGUGUUCUCAACUCCAAUGAGGACUUCAGGUUCGAUCUUUAAUACAUUCUUUGCAAUUUUUAUUCUCAUCCUACGCAUACUUCUAUGUUGCAUGAGCUUGCCAGAGUCGGGCAUUAUGGCCACCUCUAGGCCAGGAGGAAACGAUACAGAUCAAAUUGCACUGUUUGCAUUCAAGGCCAGCAUAACGGAAGAUCCUCUCCAAAUUAUGAGCUUAUGGAAUGCAACCACCAACUUCUGCAAGUGGCCUGGUGUAACAUGUGGCCGCCGCCACCAGAGGGUCACCGUCUUAGAGUUGCGAUCCCAAAAACUGGUUGGAACAAUUUCUCCUCUAAUAGGAAACCUGAGCUUCCUAAGAGUUCUACAGCUACUGAACAAUAGCUUCAGUGGUGAAAUCCCUCCCGAAUUAGGGCGUUUGAGAAGAUUGCGAGUUUUACGUCUGCACAAUAAUUCCAUCAGCGGUGACAUUCCUGCAAAUUUAUCCCGUUGUUCUAACCUAGUUAAUUUCAAUGUUUUUAACAAUAGGUUGGUGGGGAAAAUUCCUAUGGAGCUUGGUGGAUUGUCAAAGCUCGAAAUAAUCAGCUUCGGUUCUAACAAUCUGACUGGACGUAUCCCUUCUACUUUUGGAAACUUAUCAUCUCUUCAGUUACUUUUUGGAAGCAAAAACAAUUUGGUUGGGAGCAUUCCCGAUGCUUUAUGCCAAUUGCAAAAUCUAACAUCUGUUGGGUUGAAUGAGAAUAGAUUGUCCGGAACAGUCCCUCCUUCCCUUUUCAAUCAUUCUUCCAUUACGGUUAUUGAUGUUGGAACAAACCAAAUCGAAGGGAGUCUUCCCUCACACUUGGGCAACACUCUUCCGAAUCUAGAAUUCCUCAGCAUUUACAGAAAUAAAUUCACUGGUUCCAUCCCUCGAUCAAUUUCAAACGCGACAAAUCUGGCGGCCCUCAUAAUGGGUAAAAAUAGACUUGUGGGAAAAGUCCCAACCGUGGAAAAGCUGCAAAAGCUCCAGAGAUUUCUCAUUGCUAUUAACAGUCUUGGCAGUGGGGAAUCCGAUGACUUAAGCUUUCUUUCCUCUUUGACCAAUGCCACUGAUUUAGAGCUCCUGGAGCUGAAUCAAAACUAUUUUGGAGGGGUAUUGCCAGCAUCCAUCAGCAAUCUCUCUUCUAAGCUGGCAGAAUUUUCUAUAUCAUACAAUCAAAUAUAUGGAAAUCUCCCAGAAGGGAUAUGGAAUCUUGUCAACUUGGAAGCCCUCUAUUUGGUAGGCAACCAAUUCUCGGGUAUCAUUCCACCUGAAAUUGGGAGGCUUCAAAAGCUACAACAGUUGGCUUUUGAAGAAAACGAAUUCUCAGGGAUCAUUCCCUACUCCAUUGGGAACUUAACUCUGUUAUCUAAAAUCACUUUAGCAGAAAACAAGCUUCACGGCAGCAUCCCUUCAAGUUUAGGGAGAUGGCAGAACUUGGUGUUAUUGGAUCUUAGUAGUAACAACCUUACCGGUGCAAUACCAAAGGAAUUGUUUGAUCUCUCAUCAUUGUCAGUGGCUCUGGAGCUAUCUCAGAACCAUCUGAGUGGUUCAGUUCCCAUGAACGUUGGUAAUCUAAAAAAUCUUGGUUACUUGGGUAUUUCUGAAAACAAGUUAACCGGUGUAAUUCCCGUUACUCUUGGUAGUUGUGUAAGGUUGGAAGCUCUGUACUUGCAGGCAAAUUUCUUUCAGGGGACAGUUCCUUUGUCCCUGAGUUCUUUGAGAGGUAUUCAAGAUUUAGAUCUUUCUCACAACAAUCUGUCGGGUGAAAUUCCAGACUUUUUAGGGGAUUUUGAUUUCUUGCUGAAUCUAAACAUAUCGUAUAACAAUUUGGAGGGUGAGGUACCUACUAAAGGCAUCUUUAACAAUGCAAGUGCAACUUCAAUCAUAGGAAACAGUAAGCUCUGUGGGGGUGUACCUGAAUUUCAGCUACCCAGAUGUAAAUCCAAAGGCUCCAAGAGGUCCGCUUUUAGCUUAAAAAACAUAAUCUAUCUCUCAUGUGGGCUUGUGGGAGCAAUUCUGUUGAUAUGCUGUGUGUUUUUCUUCGGGUUUAAGAGGAGGAAAACUGAGCCUUCUUCAGUUUUUUUAGCACCUUCGCUCUUGAAUGUUUCUUACCAAGGUCUCCUUAAAGCUACUGAUGGGUUCUCGUCAGCCAAUUUGGUUGGUACAGGUGGUUUUGGCUCCGUGUAUAAAGGAGUUUUGAAUGAUGGAAUGAUUGUUGCAGUUAAAGUACUUAACCUUUUACAUCGGGGAGCUUCCAGUAGCUUCAUUGCUGAGUGUGAGAUGUUGAGGAACAUUAGGCAUCGGAAUCUUGUUAAGGUACUAACUGCAUGUUCAGGUAUCGAUUAUCAGGGUAAUGAUUUUAAGGCAUUGGUUUAUGAGUUCAUGGCCAAUGGGAGCUUAGAUGAGUGGCUGCAUACCCAUGGUAAUUUGAAUCUUUUUCAGAGAUUAAAUAUUGCCAUUGAUGUUGCUUCUGCAUUGGAUUAUCUUCACCAUCACUGCCAAAAACCUGUAGUUCAUUGUGAUUUGAAGCCUAGCAAUGUUCUUCUAGACAGUGAAAUGACAGCACAUGUUAGUGACUUCGGGUUAGCAAAGUUUCUCCUUGAGGAGAACCACUGCACUUCAGGAAAUCAAUCAAGUUCUGUUGGAAUACGGGGAUCUGUUGGUUAUGCUCCACCGGAGUACGGUGUGGGAAGCAAGGUGUCGACAUAUGGUGACGUCUACAGCUAUGGCAUCCUCUUGUUGGAGAUGCUUACAGGAAAGAGACCCACUGAUGAAAGGUUUAAUGACAACAUGAACCUUCAUAAGUUUGCCGAGAUUGCUUUGUCCGAAGGAGUGGAGGGGAUUGCCGAUCGAGUUCUUCUUCUUCAGCAAGGAGGAGAUGGGAAGACAAGCAUGAGCACCGCAUCAGAAAAUGAAAAGCCAAGCCAAGUGGGAAGUGGCAAGAUUUCCGAGAUUGUGGCUUCCAUUUUUCGAAUUGGAAUUAUCUGUUCUGCAGAAUCACCGGGUGAGCGACCUGACAUUGGUGAUGUUGGAGCUGAGUUGCUGGUGAUCAGGAAAGUACUUGUUGGAACUGGUGGCAAGGCAUUGAAUUAAGCACAUCGGCUAUUUGAAAUGUGCAUGCGUUAUUAACUGAAGUGAGGAUGAUCUAUCUUUCUUAUAAUAAGGGAACUAUCAUGCUUUUGCAGUGUGCAUGUGCUGACUCUAGCUCACUCAAAUGGUACUUUUUUGUUUUUUGUUGUUUGGUGUUUUUCUGUGCGUGUUCAGUCUCAAAUUGUUAAUUGCUAUCAUAGCAAUGUCCUUGAGGUGAAAAAAAAAAAAAAAACGGUGAACGUGACGGUGAUUAUUAUUAGUGUUAUAGUUAUUGUUGUUAUUAUUAUUAGUUUAGUUUUGUACAUUUGUAUUGGCUCAACAGCACCGUGCUAGAGUAUAACAGCAGAAAAAUAAGUGCA